UGGAGAUACGAAAUAGUGAUUGUAAUGCCAUUUGUUGCAAACUUUAGUGACGAGUUUGUUAAAUUGAGAUUUCAAUGUACCAAUUCGUUAGUGACCUAAAGUUCAGCUCCCAUUUCUAAAAUUGACUCGAACCAAACCACUUCCAGUUCCAGAGCCAAACGGUUUUUAAACGACCUCUUCGGCCGUCGUCUUCAAUUUCAAGCACACAAUGGGCCGUUACAGCAGUCCAUCAAUGGAGUCCAAUCUCUCUGCCUCCCUCGGCCUCCCGGCUCCCGACCACCACCGUGAAAUCGCCGCCGAUUUCCCCAAUCUCUUCCCCCAAUUCGCCUCCCUGCUCAUUUCCCAACAAAAACCCAUCCCUAAAACCCUCCCUUUCGCCUCCAAUUCCAUCUCCUUAUCCACAUCACAACAACCACCCUCCUCCCACCACCGAAUCGCCCUCGUCAGCACCCCGGCCAAGCUUAAAUCCCUAAUCAGCAACCUCUCCGUCUUCGAGCGGGCCCUAAUCGGCGCCGGCGGGGGCGGACUCGCCGGUGCCUUCACCAACUUCUGCCUCCUCCCUCUCGACGCCGUCAAGACCAAGCUUCAGACCAAAGGGGCGUCCCAGAUCUACGCCAGCACCCUCGACGCCGUCGUCAAGACAUUCCACGACAAGGGCAUCCUAGGGUUCUACCGCGGCGCCUCCGCGGUAAUCGUCGGAUCCGCCGCCUCCUCCGCGGUCUACUUCGGCACCUGUGAGUUCGGCAAAUCGGUUCUCGCCAAGCUCGACGACUUCCCUCCUCUGCUCAUCCCUCCCACCGCCGGGGCCAUGGGGAACAUCGUCUCCUCUGCAAUCAUGGUCCCUAAAGAGCUGAUCACUCAGCGGAUGCAGGCGGGGGCGAAGGGGAGGUCGUGGGAAGUUCUGGUGAGGAUACUGGAGAAGGACGGCGUGUUGGGUCUUUACGCCGGGUACUCGGCCACAUUGCUGAGGAAUUUGCCUGCUGGGGUGUUGAGUUACUCCUCGUUCGAGUACUUGAAAGCGGCGGUGCUGAGCAAGGCCAAGAAGGCGCAAUUGCAGCCGAUUGAGAGCGUGGUCUGUGGAGCGCUGGCGGGGGCGAUCUCGGCUUCUUUGACGACUCCUCUCGAUGUCGUGAAGACGAGGUUGAUGACUCAGGUGGGCAGAGAAGCCAUGGGAGGGGUUGGAGAUACUGUGAAGCAGAUUUUGAUGGAGGAAGGGUGGGUUGGAUUCAGUAGGGGAAUGGGUCCGAGAGUGCUUCACAGUGCUUGCUUCUCGGCAAUGGGGUAUUUCGCGUUCGAGACUGCUCGGCUCGCGAUAUUGGAUCGGUAUUUGAAGCACAAGGAGUUGCAGCAGGAAUUGGAUGAUGUUGUUCCAACUUGAAGGUGAAGUUUUGUUCUUGGUGGUGAUCAAUUCUUACCCUUGUCUUUAUAUAUUGAAAAGUUGUUAUCUUUUUCUACGUUUAUUGUGUUUCCUUACUUCACAAAUCACAAUGGUUGUUUAUAGGACCAAAGAAUGAGCGGCUUUAUAUCUCCAUCUGUCUAUGACUGAGAUUUCGGUGUGAACUAUGUAUGAAGCAUUUUUAGUUUGAGUGGUAAUGAUAGAUUCGGAUGAAAGUGUAGUUGAGCAAAAUUCAACAGUUGAAUAAAAUUCUUGUCAUCUCGGGUUAUCUAUUGGUGAUAUUUUCCUCCUAAGCGGUCUUGUUGUUCUGAGGUGUGAACUGUGAUGGCUUUCCUAAAUGAUGCAUUGCUUUAAAAUUCUUGCCAUUGAUCAAAGUAGAUGAUGAUGUUAACAGAUUAUGUUAUGGACCCACAUCUGUCUAUAAGCGGAUGGCUUUCUUCAGACACAGUGCUCAUGCAGAAAUUGAGGGCUGCUGACCUCUGAGUUUUAGACUCCAGGAGGGCAAGGACAGGGGAUGGGAUGAAUCGGAAGGAAGGAAGAGGGUUGUAUGGCACAAUCUGUGGGAGACCCAAGAAGUCCGACAUGCUGCAACUGUCUUCCAGCAUCGAUAUCAAGUUUUAUUCCUCUUGACAAUCCCCUCAGCAAUUCCCUUGAUAUAAGCAAAUCGGGCAACCAGAAUUGAGUAAAAAGUAGCCUUCGCGUUGGAGAAUUUUGACAGCAGACUCUGGAUUGAUUUCCGCCCUGGGGAUAGAAACUCCUUCAGCUCUUCUUCCUUCGUUGUCGGGUUAUCGGGUUUCAGGGUAUCAUUAUAGUUUCCGAUUGCUUCCGAUAUAUCAUGUAUGUAUCAUAUUGAAUUUUGACGGAAUACAGUUUAUUUCAUAAUGGAACUUAGCGGCCCGGUAGACACAAUGGAAGAACGAUCGAUCCAUUUGAAAGAAAAAACAGCGAAGUUCAUUAAGAAUGCCUCCUCAAUUCAAUAUGCUCAAUUCAUAAACUCUGUGUGCAAGUCAACAUUUUUUGUUAUACAAAAGGAACCCAAGAAAAGGCAACCCCAAAAAUCCAAACCCCGUAAAAAAAAAAAAAAAAUUGUAUGUUUGUCUAUAAAUUUUGCUUUUCUUUUUUUUAACAAUUCAGUAGCUAAUACAUAAUUAUGUGCGUCGGUUCAAUGAUACCAAAGAAUUUCUCAACUAGUUGACGAAGUUGAAUAAGCACACCCAUAAGUUGAGGCUUGUAUUGGACAAAAUAGAUCCAACACAACUUACUAAAAUGAUCAUAGAAUAGAAUGUAAUAAGACUGAUUAUCAUAAUAGAGAACAGUAGCAGGGCCCCAAACAUCACUGCAUAUAUAUAAGUUCUGAAGGAGCAGUAGCAUGAAAUUGAGAGGGAGAAAAGGGGAGUUUAAUGGAUCUUGCUAAGAGAACAACCAUGGCAUAGGGAGGAAGAUUCUUUAGCAUAUUUUAUUUGAUUAUGAGAUAAAAAUAUGUUGAUCAGCUCGUAAAUUGGCAUAACUAAGGCGUUGGUGUCAGAGAUCAAAGGAAGCAACAAAAGCACGUGGAGGAAUUCGAUUGGUGAUGUGGAAGGUAGUGAGUAAAGAACAUCAGUAACAUGGCUGCGAAACAGUUCACGCUUCGUGUGUCGAUCCUUGAUAAAAAAAAAAUAAGAAUCGAAAAAUUCCAUAAAAAUAGGAUUACGAAUAAGAGAACUCACCAAAAUAAGGUUAUGAGGAGCAU